AUGAAGCGCUCGGGAGAGUCGUCGAAUGAAGAGUCUACGGCGAAAACUUCGAAAAUGGUGAGCACCUCAAUGGUUGAAGAUCGUCAGGAGAUUGAAGCUCGCCGAUUCGAAUAUCUCGAUCAUCCGGCUGAUGUUCAAAUUCACGCAUGGGGUAAUACUAUUGAGGAGGCAUUUGAGGCUUGUUUAGUGGCCAUGUUUGGUUAUAUGACCGACCUCACCACGGUAGAAGAGAAAUUUGAUUAUCAUUGGAGUGUCAAAAGCGAUGCUCUUCAUAGUCUUUUGUUCAUGUUUCUCGAUGAUCCAUUGAAUUCAUUUCAUGCUGAGCCAAACUUUGUCGCCAAAACUGUCAAAAUUGUUCGAUUCGAUCGCGAGGAGUGCGAGGUUGAAUAUUAUGGACGUGGCGAUAUCUUCGAUCCAACUAAGAAUCCAUGCGAAGCCGACAUCAAGUCGCCAACGUAUUCGAAUAUGCAAAUCAUUGAGAAUAAUGGACGAUGCGACAUCUACGUGAUUGUCGACAUCUAA